ACUCCUCCAAUGUGUGUUAAGCAAACAGAAAUACAACAUGCUUUCAAAUACAUCAAUUCUGUGGUCUCCUGCAUGAUCUUUGUGGUGGGAAUCAUUGGCAAUUCCACACUGCUCCGAAUCAUCUACAAGAACAAAUGCAUGAGAAAUGGACCAAACGUCUUGAUUGCUAGCCUAGCACUUGGAGAUCUGCUCUACAUCCUGAUAGACAUCCCAAUUACUGUUUACAAGCUACUGGCAGUAGACUGGCCUUUUGGAGUGGAAGUAUGCAGAUUUGUACCAUUUAUUCAGAAGGCAUCUGUUGGCAUCACAGUCCUCAGUCUUUGUGCACUGAGCAUUGACAGGUACCGAGCAGUGGCUUCUUGGAGUCGUAUCCAGGGCAUUGGCAUUCCCUUGAAAAAAACUUUAGAAGUGACAGCCAUUUGGUUGGUUUCUGUUGUCUUAGCAAUUCCAGAAGCUAUAGGGUUCAAUAUGGUUUCAAUUAAGUAUCGUGGAGAAGAACUCAAAGUGUGUCUGCUUCACUUAUCCCAGCCAUCGGAAUUCAUGGAGUUUUACAAGAAUGUGAAAGAUUGGUGGCUUUUUGGCUUUUACUUCUGCCUGCCUCUGGCUUGCACUGGUAUAUUCUACACUCUCAUGACUUGCGAAAUGCUGAGUAGAAGGAAUGGGAUGCGAAUUGCUCUCAAUGAUCAUAUAAAGCAGCGACGUGAGGUAGCCAAAACUGUCUUCUGUCUGGUGGUUAUCUUUGCCAUGUGUUGGCUCCCACUGCAUUUAAGCAGAAUCUUGAAAAAAACUAUUUACGAUGAACAAGAUCCCAAUAGAUGUGAACUACUCAGUUUUCUUCUAGUUCUAGAUUAUAUUGGGAUUAAUAUGGCUUCUCUAAACUCCUGCAUAAAUCCAGUGGCAUUAUACUUUGUCAGUCAAAAGUUCAAGAACUGCUUCAAGUCCUGCUUAUGCUGUUGGUGUCAACAGUCAACUCUGAGUAGAUCAAUGGAAGAGAAAAUGGCUGUAGUCAAAUGGAAAGCCACCAGCCAUGCAAAUGGUCUGGAUCGGAGCAGUUCACGCUUCAGUAACAAAUACAGCUCAUCUUGAACUUUUCUUUAGUUAAAA